AUGGCGGCCGGCUGUCAGAAAGCUGUGAAGAGUAAUCACCGAAGUAUAUGGUACAAUCUCGGGACCCUGUACCUCUUCACUAAAGGCGACCUCAAAUCCAUCGUCGUGCCACAGUCCGUUUUCGCAAUUUCUGUGGUUUUCUCCAGCGCAGGCCUCGUUGAUACAGCAUAUGAUUUCAACCUAUGGUGCACUCUGAGUCGAAUACCGUUGAUGGUGUUCUGGCUGUGGAUAAACCUACUUGUUGAAGAUAUCUCCAACCAGAGACUCCCAGAUUCGAUAGCCGAAGACAUUGUCAACAAGCCUUGGCGGCCUAUACCUUCUGGACGACUAUCUGGGGAAGAAGCGCAGCAGGUCCUCAGGACUGUCAUACCUGUGUCCCUUGUUAUCAGCGCGCUGCUACAGAGCUUCGAGCCCAGCGUCACCUUUAUGACGCUGGUCUGGCUAUACAACGAUCUGGAUGGCGCCGGCGCAGGCCCGCUACAACGCAACAUGUUGAACGCCGCUGCCCUUGCUUGCUUUGGCUGGGGGGCUCUCACGAGUUUAUCAGGGUCAAGCAAGGACGUGGGAUGCAAUGCCGUGCUGAUUUCUUGGAUCGCUAUAACAGCUGCGAUUGUCAUGACGACGAUACAUGCACAGGACUUUCCUGAUGUGGCUGGUGACAAGGUUCGAGGACGAAAGACUAUCCCACUCGUAUUCAAUGAGGCUUGGGCGCGAGGAACUCUUGCUGGGCUCGUUCUUUUCUGGUCGAUAGUGUGUCUGCGCUUCUGGAACGUGAGCUCCACGCUGGCUUGGAUGGCAGUGCUCGGGAUUGGAGUGACCAUGUCACUCAAGACUACGUUAAACCGGACGCAAUCAUCUGACAAGAUUGUAUGGAAGCUGUGGUGUUUCUGGAUCACUUCUGUAUAUCUCCUGCCGCUUUUCAGCACAGGUCCUUCUUUUUAG